AUGGAUGAUUUUGCCGAAGAGGAAGUUGUGGAAAAUCCGACGAUAAGGGCAGCGUAUAACCUGGCUCCAUUACAUCAGAGCCAGCCUCUACGCUGGGACUAUGAGGUUCAUCUCAUCGGAGAGAAGAUUUAUGAUAAAAUUAUUCACUUGUGUGAAACCUGCGAGCUGCCGAUACUUGUUUAUGGACGUUUGCUCCCUUGUAAACACAUCUUCUGUUUUGAUUGUGCACGCAAGUGUGACAAAUCAUGCAAGAGAUGCGCCGCCAAAGUUCAGAAAGUGGAGAAAUCAGCCCUGGGCACCGUCUAUGUGUGCACACACGGUGCCCCCAAGCACAGCACUAAAGGCUGCCGGAGAACAUACCUCUCUCAGAGGGAUCUACAAGCACAUAUAGCUCACAGACACAUGCCGAAAGCAAGCAGUUCCAGCUCUACAUCUUCAUCAACCAGUGCUCAGUCUCAGCCCGCACCUAACCAGCUGCCUCUUACCAAGCAACAGGCAGCUCAACAGGCAGCACAGAAGCAACUGGGAACCCAGGACAUGCACCAUGCUUCUCCUGUGCAAAGUCAUCACCAGCAGUCGGUGUUACCAGUUCAGUCCUCCCUGGUUUCACCAGUGCCGCAUCACCUGACCCAUCAGCAGUCGGGCUUGCCAGUGAACUCACAACAGAUGAGUCCUGCCGCACAGCUCAUUCCUGGCCUGGGAGAUUCACGAACUCCCAUGGCCACAGCAGCUCAUUCAGUAAUGGGUCACAAUUCGCCUUUAAUGCAACCCGCUGCAAGUCCCGGUGCAAUGCAGCAAGGGAUGGGUCUUCCAUAUGGUUCGGCACCCCAGGCCAACCCUGACAUGUUCCAUUCUCUAGAAAUGGGUCAGCAGCCAGGCAUUCCUGGGUCACAUAUGCAGGCGGGUCAAACUCAUCAACCAUACCCACAACCUGCACAGUUCCCACCAGGGAUGAUGCCACAGAUGGGCUCCCAACAGCUGCAGCCCUCAGUGCCGCCCCCUCUCCAUCCACCACCUUUCGGUCAUCCUCACACUUCCAUGCCAGUGCCUCCAAACAUGGAUAAUUACAGUGAGCCUCAGCCGCGCACAAAUGUCAAUCUAAUAACGGUGCCGAUUCAAGAUGAGGGUCAGUACCGACCACUGCCAAAUAUUAAUUCCUCUGUAGGGCCACAUCCAGGAGGACCAUAUCCUCAAACUCGGCCCAGCAUGCCUAGUCAGACCAUAGCUUUCACGCAGCCUGUACUUUCAUCCAGCACUUAUUCUUCACCCACCACCUUCCCUCAUAUGGUUGGUCAGCCUCCUCCACAUAUGCAGGCACCAGACAGCCCUCAAGGGCUGCCGUUCAACCAGCCAAACGCACCGUUCAACCAGCUAAAUGCACCAGUCAACCAGCCAAACGCACUUCACCCCAACAACCCUGGCCACAUUGUCAAUUCUAGACCAGGAAUCGGAGGUAGUUUGCACCAGGGCGGGCAUCCAAUGACAGUGGGUGUGGUUAGACCCCAAGGCGGUGCUGGACUUAUGCCCACGCCUGUGGCAGCACCAGGUGGUCAGGGAGUGGUCAACAGGUUCCCUCCACAUGGGCAGUGGCCACCACAGAGAAGUGUGCACCCUAGCUUGACACAAGGGCAACAACAGCAGCAGCAAAGGCCACCCCCACCACUGAUGGAAACUCAGUUUCAGCCAAGCGGAAGACCACAACAUAAUGAAAAUCAGUUUCAGCAAAGUGGAAGAUCACCACACACUGAAACUCAGUUUCAACAGAGUGGAAGACCACCACAUGCUGAAAAUCUGUUUCAACCGAGCGGAAGACCACCACACUCUCAAACUCAGUUUCAACAGGGUGGAAGGCCACCGCACACUGAAAAUCAAUUUCAGCAGGGUGGAAGACCACCACAUGCUGAUAAUCAAUUUCAGCCGGGUGGAAGACCACCACCACACACUGAAAAUCAAUUUAUGCAAGGUGGAAGACCACCACCACACACUGAAAAUCAAUUUCAGCAAAGUGGAAGACCACCACCACACAAUGAAAAUCAAUUUCAGCAGAGUGGUGGAAGACCACCACAUGCUGAUAAUCAAUUUCAGCAGAGUGGCAGACCACCACCACAACACACUGAAAAUCAAUUUCAACAGGGUGGAAGACCACCACAUGCUGAUAAUCAAUUUCAGCAGAGUGGAAGACCACCACCACCACACAAUGAAAAUCAAUUUCAGCAGGGUGGAAGACAACCACCACACACUGAAAAUCAAUUUCAGCAGGGUGGAAGACCACCACCACACACUGAAAAUCAAUUUCAGCAGAGUGGCUAUUACCAUUAA